AUGAAACUGCUGAUCCAUCCAAACGUUGUCAAUCUACGUGCUUAUUUCUAUUCGAGUGGAGAUAAGAUCAUACACAAAGAGAUCCUUGACCUGGACAACCAGAAACCAGACGAAAGCAUCAGAUCGAUCACCACCGACCCGGUCGAUCAGACCUAUUGGCUCUAUUCGGAACAAUCCAUAUUCGAGCUGGUCGUCAAAAAUGAAGGCCGAGAUAUCUGGAAGGUCUAUCUAGCCCGCAAAGAUUGCGAGAAAGCGUUGAGUCAUGUGGAUAUGGCCAUCGACCGGGACAAGAUCUUGGUCAGCCAGGCCAAUCAUUACCUCCAAACCGGCAAACACAUCUCUGCCGCCCAGAUCUAUGCCCAGUGCUCAAAGCCCUUCGAGGAGGUCGUCCUGGGCUUCAUCGACCGCGGCGAGCGAGAUGCACUGCGGUACUAUCUGAUCAGCCGUCUCGAGCAGCUCAAACGCCAGGAUCUGACUCAGCAGAUGAUGCUGGCGAAUUGGUUGACGGAGAUCUAUUUGGCUAAGAUCAACGAACUGGAAGCUCUCGUCGGCGCGGAUCCUUUGGCUGCUGAUCAGACUGCCAAUAUUGUCGUCAAGCAACAGCUGAUCGAAGACGAACUGCAGCAGUUCUUGAGGACUUACAAAAUUGAGAGCCUUACUUUUUCUCCCGGACAGCGGGGGGCAAAGCGCAAUGAAGUCUUUUUGAACUUGGUGAUUGAGGAUGUGCCUGAAACCGUGUACCGGGCCUCCUGCCACUACUCCAAAUUAAAGCAGGCCAUGCCGAUCUUGAACAUCAAGCUAUACGUCUAUCAGCUCUUGCAAUCGCUAGCCUACAUCCACUCGCUUGGAAUAUGCCAUCGAGACAUCAAGCCUCAGAACUUGUUAUUAAACCCCUCGACCGGAGUGCUCGAGUUGUAUGGUUUCGGAUCGGCAAAGAUCUUGGUGGCUGGAGAACCGAACGUCAGUUAUAUAUGUUUGAGGUACUACCGAGCACCAGAGCUGAUUUUUGGGGCAACCAACUACACCACUAACAUUGUCUCUCCCUCCCUUAUUUUCCUGUCCGCGUGA